AUGGAACAAGCUCUGUUGAUUAGAGACAAUGCUCCAAGUGCGAUUCUGAUGUUGCCUACAACUGGUGACCAUGAAAUCAAACGCCCCUCACCUAAGAGAAAGCCAGACAGUUGGAAUCAGUUGGUUAAAUGCUUCAAGGAAGUGUUGGCCACACAUUUUACUGGAGGCGACCUCAUCAAAGCCAAACAAAUGUACAGAGUAGUGGACAAGAUUACUCGAGAGCUAGUCUACUACUCUUUCUCCAAGUAUAGUACCAAUAAUAUUGUCAUACCGUCAUGGGGCAGUCUGGCAGAUGACCAAAAGGCAAUAAUGAGCAGCAGCCUCAAAGAGAAUGCAGCCCUGAAAAACAUUGCUCUUCACAGGUUUGAAAAUUCUUGGGGAGCAUUGCUCAUACUCUCUCACAAGUGGAGAACUGCCAAAUAUCAUAGAAGAUCUUAUUAA